AUGAGGUCGUCCAUGCUGGUCCUGCUCCUCUUCUUCAGUGCCCGGGCUGUGGUCUCCAUUGGAGGGGACUCGUGCACCACCACGACGGCCCAGCAGCAGCAUCCAGGUGACCGCUCCAUCCCCACGGUGGACCCCAAACUCUUCACCAAGCGCCACAAACUCUCCCCCAGGGUGCACUUCAGCUCCCAGCCCCCCGAUGCAGAGCCGGCAGCGUCCCAGGGUGUGCCCGGCGGGAGGCCGCGCAGGCGAGCCGGGCAGCCGCAGCACCGCGGGGUGUACUCAGUGUGUGAGAGCAUCAGCGUCUGGGUUGGGAACAAAACCAAGGCCACGGACAUCUCAGGCAACGAGGUGACUGUGCUGCCGGACGUCAACAUCAACAAUGUCAACAAGAAGCAGUACUUCUUCGAGACCAUGUGCCACAGCUCUCGGCCGGGCAGCUCGGGCUGUUUGGGAAUCGACGCGAGACACUGGAACUCCUACUGCACCAACUCACACACUUUCGUACGAGCGCUGACCACCUUUAAAAACCUGGUGGCGUGGAGGCUGAUACGCAUCGACGUGGCCUGCGUGUGCGUGCUCAGCCGCAAGUCGUGGCGGCAGUGA